CCUAUAGCAGCACUGUGGUUUGCCUGUUUGGUAGCAAGAAAACAGCACUGCAACCUUGCAUUUCUUUCUGCUCCCAGUCCUUCGUCCUCAACAUCCACCUAGUGUGAGCUCAAGUUUGUGAGAGUCUUCCACAAAGAAAGGGAGAAAGUGUUCUGUGAGGAACCAGCGAGAGCCGGAGAUGGCCGAGACGGUGGUCAGCAUGGCGAGGUCCAUGCUGGGGGGCGCCAUCAGCAAGGCCGCCUCUGCCGCGGCCGCCGAGCUGAGCUUGGUGAUGGGUGUGCAGAAGGAUAUCUGGUUCAUCAAGGACGAACUGAAGACGAUGCAAGCGUUCUUGGCAGCCGCUGAAGCAACGAAGAACAGAGACAUGCUGCUGAAGGUGUGGGCAGAGCAAGUAAGGGACCUGUCCUACAAUAUAGAAGAUUGCCUUGAUGAAUUUAUGGUUCAUGUGAGGAGCCAAAGCCUAACAAAACGGCUGAUGAAGCUCAAAGAUCGUCGUCGGAUUGCUAUCCAAAUUCGCAACCUGAAAGCAAGAGUUGAAGAAGUGAGCAGCAGGAAUGCACGCUACAACUUGAUCAAGACAGAGGCAUCAACGACCAGUGACAAGGAGGUUUCUUACAUAGAAGAUGUACGUAAUCACUCAGCAAGCAACAUUGAUGAAGCAGAACUUGUGGGCUUUACAAAGCCUAGGGAGGAGUUGAUAAAGCUGAUGGAUGUCAACACUAGAGAUGGUGAUGCCAAAGUUAUAUGUGUCGUUGGUAUGGGUGGUUUAGGCAAGACUACUCUUGCAAGAAAAAUUUAUGAAAGUAAGGAAGAUAUUGUGAAGAAUUUUUCUUGUUGUGCUUGGAUCACAGUUUCACAGUCAUUUUUCAAGAUAGAAAUGCUCAAGGAUAUGAUCAGGCAACUUCUGGGUGGAGAUUCACUGAAGAAAUUGUUGAAAGAACUUGAAGGGAAGGUGGUGCAAGUAAAGGACCUCGCCGAGUACCUCAAUCAAGAGAUUAAAGAUAAGAGGUACCUUAUUAUUCUUGAUGACUUGUGGACCAUAGAUGCAUGGAGGUGGAUUAAAGAUAUUGUUUUUCCUAAUAGUAACAAGAAAGGUAGUCGGAUAAUAGUAACAACACGUGAUGUUGGCUUAGCAAAGGAAUGUACUCUUGAGUCCCUUAUCUACCACCUUAAAGCCUUAGAAGUAGUCGAAGCCACAACUUUGCUACUAAAAAAGAGUAGGAAAAUAUAUGAAGACAUGGACAAAGAUGAAAACUUCAAGAGCAUAGUUGAAAAACUAGUUAAAAAGUGUGGUUGUCUACCACUAGCCAUACUCACAAUUGGAGGGAUUCUUGCCACUAAAAAUAUAAUAGAGUGGGAGCACGUCUAUAACCAACUCCCCUCUGAGCUUGAGAGUAACCCAAGCCUUGAAGCAAUGAAGAUGAUGGUUACUUUGAGUUACAACCACUUGCCAUCUCAUCUUAAGCCAUGUUUCUUAUACCUAAUCAUCUUUCCUGAGGAUUUCGAAAUCCAGAUGCGGCGUCUAGUAGAAAGAUGGAUUGCAGAGGGGUUGAUUAGAGGUGGGACUGGGGUGAACAUUGAGGAUGUGGCAAAAGGUUACUUUAAUGAGUUAAUCAACCGAAGUAUGCUUCAACCAUCAAGGGUGGACAUAGAAGGAGUUGUGAAGAGCUGUCGAGUCCAUGAUAUUGUGCGUGAUGUCAUGAUCUCAGUUUCCAGAGAUGAAAAUUUCGUGUAUGUGGAGGGAAAUAAUGUAACUGGCGCUACGGAGGAGACCUUCCGACAUGUAGCAUACCAUGGUAACAUGUGCCAAACGAUAGAUAUGGAUUGGAGCCACGUCCGGUCAGUAACUGUGUUUGGUGAGAGAUCAUUGCAGCCAUCACCUUCAGUUUGUUCACCUGACAUGAGAAUGCUCCGGGCCUUGGAUCUAGAGAAUGCACAGUUUCAAGUCACACAAAAGGAUAUCAGCAACAUAGGAUUGUUUCGCCACUUGAAGUAUCUGAAUUUUUCUCAUCCUCGAGAAUAUUCACAUAUUUAUAAACUUCCUAGAUCCAUAGGGAAAUUACAAGGCUUGCGCACUUUGAACAUUAGAGACAGUUAUAUCACAGAACUGCCAAUUGCAAUUUGUAAACUCAAGAGUCUACACAGCCUCCGUUAUACCAGAAAUAAUAUCUAUGAAUACUUUGAUUUGGAUGACCCCAAGAAUUGCAUGCUGGCCACAUCUUUUUUCCCCGUUCUGUUCAAACCUUUGGUUGAUCCUAGUGAGCGCGCCAAUGUAGUUGCAGAGGUACACAUGGCAUGGUCUAGCCGUUGGUCACAGUCAGAUGGUGUGAGGGUGCCAAAAGGAAUCGGCAAACUGAAAAAGCUGCAAGUACUAGAGGUUGUGGACAUCGGCCGAACUAGUUGCAAAGCAAUUAAAGAGCUAGGUGAGCUUGUGCAGCUGAGAAAACUGUGCGUGGAAACAGAAGGGGCCACCAAGCAAAAAUGCAAGCUACUCUGUGAUGCCAUUCAGAAGCUCACUUGCCUCCGCUCCUUUAGAGUGGAUGGUUCACUCGAAUGGCUGCAUGAUGUUUCAUCUCCUCCUCCCCUGUUGAGGAGUCUGAAGUUGGGUGGAUCCCUUGGAGAGAUUCCUGGCUGGGUUAGCAAUCUGACGCAUUUGGUCAAGCUUUACUUAUACAGCAUGGUAAUAAAGGAAGAAGGUAAAAUCAUGGAAAUACUAGGGUCACUUCCCAACCUGAUGCACCUUCGUCUUGGAGGCUGCCCUUAUAAUAGGGAGAAGUUGGCGUUCAAAACGGGAGCAUUCCCAAGUCUGAAGAAGCUUCCCAAGUCUGAAGAAGCUUGAUAUUUGGACAAUGCGGCAAGUGAGGGAGUUGAUAUUCGAGGAGGGCACCUCGCCCCAGCUGGGAAAGAUAGAAAUCGUUGACUGCCGAAUGGAAUCAGGGAUUAAUGGUA